AGUGUGUCGGCUUUAAGUCUUUGAGCUCUCUCCUCCGUGAUCAAUCUCCGUGAAUCGCCACUCUCUCCGUUUCAAUGGCUGAUCUCGAUGUUCCUCCUCAAGUUCCUCAAAGUAAGACUAGAGACCUUGACAAGCUUCUUCUCCGUAAUGGGAAUCUCGUUGACCCCGGCUUCUUUCCCGGACCCGACCUGAGAGAUGACAUAAGGGAUUAUGUGAGAAUUCUGGUGGUUGGUGCUGGUGGAUUGGGUUGUGAGCUUCUCAAGGAUUUGGCUCUUUCGGGUUUUCGUAAUCUCGAUGUGAUUGAUAUGGACCGUAUUGAGGUUACUAAUCUCAAUCGCCAGUUCCUAUUCAGGCUUGAAGAUGUAGGAAAGCCUAAGGCAGAGGUAGCAGCAAAGCGUGUCAUGGAGAGAGUGAGUGGAGUGGAGAUUGUGCCGCAUUUUUCACGUAUAGAAGACAAAGAGAUUGAGUUUUAUAGCGAUUUUAAUAUCAUUGCCCUUGGUCUUGAUUCUAUCGAAGCUCGCAAAUACAUCAAUGGGGUUGCUUGUGGGUUUCUUGAGUAUAAUGAAGAUGAUACUCCGAAAAGAGAAACAAUCAAGCCGAUGGUAGAUGGGGGAACUGAAGGUUUCAAGGGUCAUGCUAGAGUUAUCUUGCCUGGAGUUACACCCUGUUUUGAGUGCACUAUUUAUCUUUUCCCACCUCAAGUGAAGUUUCCGUUGUGCACUCUUGCAGAAACCCCUAGGAAUGCAGCUCAUUGCAUUGAAUAUGCUCAUCUAAUUCAGUGGGAAGCGGUUCAUCGUGGAAAAACCUUUGAUCCUGAUGAGCCAGAACAUAUGAAGUGGGUCUAUGAUGAGGCUAUCAGGAGAGCUGAGCUUUUUGGAAUUCCAGGUGUCACAUACUCUCUCACACAAGGUGUGGUUAAAAACAUAAUACCGGCGAUUGCUUCCACCAAUGCAAUUAUAUCUGCAGCUUGUGCGCUUGAAACCUUGAAGAUUGUGUCUGCAUGCAGCAAAACACUUGUAAAUUAUUUGACGUAUAACGGUGGAGAGGGUCUUUACACUGAAGUGACGAAGUUCGAGAGGGACACCGACUGUCUUGUAUGUGGUCCGGGCAUUCUGAUUGAGCUGGACACCUCAGUCACUUUAUCAAAGUUCAUUGAGAUGCUUGAAGAUCAUCCGAAGCUUCUAUUGUCAAAAGCAAGUGUUAAACACGGGGAAAACACUCUCUACAUGCAGGCACCUCCGGUUCUAGAAGAGUUUCACAGACCAAAGCUAAGCAAGCCGCUCUAUGACCUCAUGGGAAGAGUCCAGAAGGACACUAUCCAUGUGUUUGGGACAGCCCUCAAGAACAACGAGAAAGAGUCGUGCUCAACGAAGGUAAGAGUUGUUUUCAAAGGAGCCGAUGGUGUUGCAGACAUGGAUACAGCCAUUGGAGCAUGAAUACACAGAGAAACCCUCUGAUGGCAGCUUUUAGAUCGAUUGAGAUAAUUGGGCAGCUUGACUUGUCCAGUUCUUAUUUUUGGUCCUUGUUUUGUUUGUUUUGUCGUUUAUAGCUGUGAUUGCAGAAUUUUACUGCGUGAUGAACAAAAAAUGACUCCAAACAGACGAGUUUAUAUGAUUUGUUCUUAAUCUCGAAGAUGUGACCUCUGUGACAAGAAAAAGUUUAGAGCCUG